AGUCAGUCUAGGCACCACGGGAAAGAAGAAGCCAACCAGUCUGGUAAAUAUACGAUAUACAACAACUGUGAAUAAAAAUUUUGCUUUAUUUGUUUCACUUGUGUGUCUUUUCUUUCCCUUUUGUUAAAGUUUGAAAUUAUUCUCUGCAGUAAAUUUCCAGGAUGCGCGUUUUGUGGAUGCUUACUUAUCUGUCAGAUAUCAAUGUACAUGAAUAGCUCAGUCGCAAUAUCUAGAUGGUACUCAGCUGCAGCUGUUGCAAUGUUUAUAUAGAGACACUGAGUCACAACAGAAUCGUUGAUUGCGCUUUGUUCUCUUCUCUUUCGUAAUUAACGCAAGGUCUGUUCUCAACGGCAAUAUUAUCACAAAAAUACCGUAUACGUAUAAAAACAAAGAAUGACAAGCAUCUCUGAUGUCAUUAUAUCGCAAAAUGAUAACAGGACAAACCGAUUUACUUGAUACUGAUAGUGUUUACCUGAUUUAAUUAAGCCGCUAAUUAUUACAACACUUUUUUUCCAGGGGUCGUCAUUAUUUUCUGAGCUUAGAAGAAAAACAACUUUUGUUUGCCCAAGCCUAAUUUAGGAGAAGAGGUAACAUGUAUGGCUAACCUGUAUAGUAAUGUUAAAUUAUUAUGUAUUACAAUUUACAUAUACUUUUCAGUGAGCUUAUAUUGAAGUUUGCUUGCACAGCUGGUAGGUGCUGUGUAUGACUAACAGUACUGCUAACAAUAUUGCUUAAUACGAUACAAAUGUAAAGUUACUAAAACUAAAGUUUCAAGUAUUGUUACAAGCACAUAUCGCUAAGAUUGCGUGAGAUUAACGACUUAAAAGUUCGAAGUUCUAAAUUUUGGCGCUAACUUUACGGUUAACAUAUUUCGUCCCAUUUAACUUAUCAAACCUUCUGCUUCAUAAUUUCAUCGACUUCCUUACCUGUUGGGCUUCAUGAUUCAUCAUGUGAUGAAACCGCUACAAAAAUGUCACAGUGGUCUUAUAUCAAAAAGGUGUUUGAGAGUGUUGUCUACAGCUUAGGAGGUGACCCUUUCAAAGUUGUCGAGGUAAAACCAGAGGACUAUGCCCAUUCUGAUGUGAUUUCUCGAGAAGACUGUUUGGUUCUCUAUCACUAUAAGAAAGACGAGAAGGACGUGUAUGAUGUUGUGGUGCACAAAGAUUUGAAACACAUACCUCAUGCAGCGUUUAGCCUUAUCCGUAUCCCAGAAUUGGAUGAAAGUAAAAUUGCUUUUACGUACCUUAAAGACAAAUUACCUGUUUUGAUGAUGUGUGUUCCCGAGAUUGUGAACAAGGAUUCACUCCAGGAGUUAUCAAACUUGAUCAGAAGCCAUCCUACAUGGUCAGUGGCUCAUCUGGCUGCUGAUUAUGGGCUCACUGAAUGCUUCAAGAAUGAAUUGUUUGCAAGUAAAAUCAAUGCUGUGUGUGCAGACACCCAAGUUACACCAUUACAUCUUGCAGUUAAAGCCCAGAAACUGCCAGUGAUCCAGAUGCUAAUAUCUCUAGAUGCGAGGCUUGAUAUUGCUGACAAAAAUGGAGACACUGUCUAUCAUUAUGCUGCAACAACAAAAAAAGAAAUUGUUCAGAUGCUAGCCAAACAGUCCCCUUGUCCCGUGAUUAAUACAAGAAACAAUGAUGGUCACACUCCUCUUCACCUGGCAUGUAUGGCAGACAAACCCGACUGCGUUAAGGAGUUGUUGUGCUCUGGAACUGAUGUGAAUUUAGCCGCUACCAUCGACGGUGACUAUGAGAAUCAAGUUGAUAGUGAACAUACAUUGACUACUACUAGAUCAGUUAUUGAAAAGUUUCCUAAAGAACUUGAUGCAGACGACAUGAAGAAAGGUGGAACGCCUCUUCACUGGACUAAAACUGUGGAUUGCCUAGAAGCCCUAAUUAACCUGGGUUGCUAUGUGAAUGCGAAGAAUUUCCAAGGGGACACUGCUCUUCAUAUCAUGAUCACAAAAAACAAAUUAUCUUGUGUUAUGCGUCUUCUCAGUGAGGGUGCAGAUGUCAACAUCUGUGGUGCAGGCGGAGAGUUGCCACUACAUUUGGCUGUCAAGUCUCAGGAAGUUUCUAUGGUUCAGAUUCUUCUUGCAUUUGGAGCUCAUCUGAAUUCUGUAAACAGUAGACAAGAAACCCCUCGACACUUAGCUGCAAACCUCAAGGGCUCAAAGAGAGAUCUGAUACUGUACACGCUACACGCAGUGGGUGCAAAACGAUGUGUUUGUAAACGAGAUACUUGCAACAGUGGAUGCUCCCCUGAUGGUGAAUUUGAUGGAAAGCCUUCCAGUAAUGCAGAUGUACAAAGAAAUUUUUCUUUGUAUGAUGAUCUCCUUGGUGAAGCCGUUGUAGCUGCAGCCUUGUCAAAAAGUUCAAAUACUGAGGUUAGUUGUGCCAAAUUCACUGUGGAUGCUGAAGAUGAAGUAGAUUUAGGAGAGCCAGUACGAAAAAGAUGUCGACUUCUGUGUCUAGAUGGAGGAGGAAUUCGUGGUUUGAUCAUCAUUCAGAUGUUAAAAGAAAUGGAAACAUUAGUUGGAUGUCCUAUAACCAAAUGCUUUGAUUGGAUAGCAGGAACAAGCACCGGUGGAAUUCUGGCUCUAGCUCUAGCUCAAGGAAAAAACCCCGAUGAAUGUCUGCAGCUUUAUAUUCGUUUGAAAGACAAAGUGUUUGUAGGUUCUCGUCCGUAUGAUUCCGAUGCUUUAGACAAAUUCUUGCAACAAGAACUUGGAGAAAACACACUUAUGACUGAUAUAAAGGAUCAAAGAGUUAUGAUCACUGGAGUUCUAGCCAAUAGGCAUCCUGCUGACCUUCAUCUCUUUAGAAACUACCCAUCUCCGCAAGCAAUACUAGGAAAAAAAGAAAAUAGCCCACAGUUCGAAGAACCCCCUUCGUUUAAAGAACAAAAAGUGUGGCAAGCAGCAAGAGCAUCUGGUGCAGCUCCAACGUACUUCCGUGCACACGGUCCUUUUUUAGAUGGUGGACUUAUAGCAAAUAAUCCAACACUGGAUGCCCUCACAGAGAUUCAUCAAUUGAACCAGGCCUUCAAAAGAACUAAUCAGAAAGACAAGAUAGAAGAAUUAGAAGUAGUGGUUUCUCUUGGUACUGGUUUGAUACCAGUUUUACCAGUGAAUGACAUUGACUUGUACCGACCUGACAGUAUCUGGGGGACAGUGAGAGUUGCAAGAGGAGUUACUGCUUUGGGACAGUUGAUUGUAGACCAGGCCACCCAGUCAAAUGGAAGAGUGGUACAGAGAGCUCAGGCGUGGUGUAGCAUGAUCAACAUUCCUUACUUUCGUUUGAACCCCCCCCUAUCAGAGGAUACAUUGAUGGAUGAAAAGGACAAUAAGGUUUUGAGCAGGCUGUUGUGGGAAACCAUGGUUUAUAUGAGGAGCCAGGAAAAACAGUUGCAGGAACUUGCGCAGUUAAUUAGUCCUUUUAAAUAAGGAAGUUACUUCCUGAUUUCAUCAGAAUUGGUUGUGGUCAAGUAUCUGAUACACAUAUGUAGUGCUUCCACAAAAUGCUAACCAACCAAAUUGAAACUACUUUUUUUUAUCUGAAGUUCGUUUUUCAGUCUUGAAACAAGAUGGUACGAAAUGGAGAGGAAGAAGAAAAAAAGAGUGC